AUGUCCGGGAAAAUGACAUUGUACAAGCUGGUGGUGCUGGGUGAUGGAGGUGUCGGAAAAACUGCCUUGACCAUCCAGCUCUGCUUAAACCACUUUGUCGAAACAUAUGACCCAACCAUUGAGGAUUCCUAUCGGAAACAAGUCGUCAUUGAUGCUCAAUCAUGUAUGCUCGAGGUUCUAGACACUGCCGGCCAGGAAGAGUACACUGCACUACGCGACCAGUGGAUCCGAGAUGGCGAGGGCUUCGUCCUGGUAUACAGCAUCACAUCGCGCGCCUCCUUCUCGCGCAUCACCAAAUUUUAUAAUCAGAUCAAGAUGGUCAAGGAAUCAUCAAGCUCGAGCUCCCCUACCGGUCCCAGCUAUCUCGGGUCCCCCGUCCACGGCUCUGCCGGAGGUUCCUCACGCCCUGUCCCCGUGAUGCUGGUCGGCAAUAAGAGCGACAAGGCUGUCGAACGUGCUGUCUCCGCGCAAGAGGGACAGGCUCUCGCCAAGGAGCUCGGCUGUGAGUUUGUGGAGGCCUCCGCCAAGAACUGUAUCAAUGUUGAGAAAGCCUUCUACGAUGUCGUUCGCAUGCUUCGCCAACAGCGCCAACAGCAAAGUGGUGGUCGUGGCCAAGACCGCAGGCCGACCGGGCUGGGUCUCCGCGACCGCGAUGCAGGACCCGAAUAUCCCAAGUCCUUCCGCCCUGAUCGGUCGCGGCAUCGCAGCCGCCUUCAGUGUGUCCUCCUGUGA